AUCAUAGCUAACCAAACAUUUAGUUCCAAUAUUCUUUAAGAAUGGGCUUCAAUUUUUUGUGCAGGCAAACGUAUUGGAUUAGUGGAAGGCCAAAAGACAACCAGGACCAUCCGGAUUACAAUUAUAAGUCAGUGGACACGAAGGUGAAGAAGUUUCGGGAAAAACUGAACAACAUGAAGUGCCGGAAUGAUUUGUUGAGAGAGACUUUGGCAGAGUUUUUUGGCACAUUUCUACUCACGCUCAUUGGCAACGCUGUUAUUGCUUCUAUCGUUUUCAGUGAAGCUGGUCAUGUGGGAUCUGUAGCCGGACCUCUAGGUUGGGGCUUAGCCUUGAUGCUUGCAAUUGCUGUCACAGGAGGCGUAUCAGGAUCUCAUCUGAAUCCAGCAGUGUCCGUAGCAUUCGCAACUGUUGGAAAAUUGGAGUGGAAGAAAGUUAUACCCUUCAUGUUCGCUCAGUAUGCUGGAGCAUUUGUAUCAUCCAUAGUUUUGUAUGCUGUUUACUUUGAAUCGUUUUCUCAUUUUGACGGAGGAAGCAGAGAGAUCCCGCCUCAUGCUUCAGCCACAGCCCAGAUAUUUGCUACAUUCGUACCAGAUCAUGUGGGCGUCAUCUCUGCACUAGGAGAUCAGAUCGUCGGUACAAUGCUGCUCAUGAUUGCUAUCGUCGCGGUGACCGAUCCACACAAUAUGACCAUCCCGAAAAAUUUCUAUCCCUUGUACAUUGGACUCUCUCUGACGGCGAUCAUCUUCGGAUUUGCCUUGAAUUGUGGAGCCCCGCUCAACCCUGCCAGAGAUCUGAGCCCUAGGAUGUUCACUGCCCUUGCCGGAUGGGGAAAGCACGUUUUCAGUUUCCGGGACUACAAUUACUUCUGGGUGCCAGUUGUAGGACCUCACAUUGGUGCCGUCAUUGGAGCUUGGGCCUAUAGGCUACUCAUCGAACAACACUGGCCAGUUGACAGUUACGACUUCGGGGGACCCGUAGAAAUCAAGACGAACGGAGAAUUUAAGAAGAAAGAAGAUCUUCCUUUUAUUGACAAGAAGAAGGACUUCAAAGAGAAUUCUCUGCAUACAGGAAAAUGCAACAAGCACGAAACGCGGACUAAACAGGAAAAGGAUUUUACGAUGCACCGAAUAGUGACGGUGGACGGAAGAAAAGCAGAAGAGUGAACCGCAAAUUCAGAAAGACCUUGAGCGGUGGAAUUCGUCGAGGGUUAUCAUAGUAUCUGUGUGUUCCACAAUGAUUCUCCAAUCAUCGAGACAAGUAUUUCACCUUUCGAUGUGCCUCAAACGUCCAAAUUUGAAGCGGCGUACUUGGAUGGAAAGCUCUGUGCUGUAACUCUUUUAUCCAAUUUUAACAACGAUUUUAUAUUCACUCAUUGACAUUCUCACUCAUUCUAAAGACUUUCAACGAAUCAUUAAAUGUAUUCCAGAUACUUCUCAUGUUUCUUUCCUCUCAUUAUGUGUUCAAAUUCUAAAAAUUUAGGAUUACAGUGGAUCACGAAAUGUGCAUCACUACAAAUGACAGAUUAUGUACAGAGAUUUUUUUU